AUGGCAUCCAAAUCAAGGCUGGACAAUGAACAGUUUCUCACGCAACUGAGCGCGCUGUUCAAGAAGCAGGCGGAGUCUGGUACUGUGUUUCUGCAGCAAAAGAGGUUAACACCAUUCGACCCGGUUGAGAACAAACACAACCCCAGCCCAACCGAUCUUUCAGACAUCACGACUCCCUCAAAACACAGCUUGAUAUUCCGAGCGACCGACGGUGCAGCAGAUAAGAGCAAAAAGACAAAGAUAACUACGGUAGUGGACGCAGAUAAGCUGGACGAGUUUUGGAAGAAGUAUAGCGAGGUUGUGAAGAGCGGCAUCACGGGGUUGAAGAAGAAGGAUAAGAAGAAAACGAAGGGAAAGAAGAAGAAGGGGGUUACCAAAUAG